AUGGGCAUUGCUUGGCGCUCAUCUGAAGAAUUGCAGAAGCUGGAAGUAAGCAGCGGAUUGUACGAAGAUGUAAAUGACAAGAACAUCCCUCUUCAUUGGCCUCUGAAAAAGCUCGGCCUGGGCUGCUCGUGUGGUGAUCUCAUUCAAAACCCAUUCAAGGGAUUGUUUUCGCGAUUGGAGCUCUAUUUGACUGGACAUCUUCGAUUUGAGGGCCCUAAAAACGAAGAGCAUAUUCGACUCUAUGACGAAGCAAACCCCAAAGGAACCAUCCAGAUUCAAGAAGAUAUACCUUUUCGCAUUGACCCUAAUCGCAAGCUUGACCCCGAGAACGAACCACCUGCCGGUCCCAUCAACCUGAAAAAAUUAGGGAUUUACGAAAGCGAUGCAAUUGCCACAUUCUGUCGCAUGUUCGGUGCCCUUCCGCAUAUCAUCCACAACCUUCCUACCUUGAAACUUCAGUCUACCAGAGUCGCUGAACUCGGAUGUAUCUCAGAAGACAGAUUUUGCCAGUUCUUCACGCUCAUGGAAAAUCUCCAAGUGCUCAACUUCACUGUGGGUGAGGCCUUUGAAGAUGAUGAGGUCUUACUCACUCUUUACAAGAUUCUUCCAACAAAUCUGACCACCCUCUACUUUCGUGGACCCGUCUGGCUGGCCACUUCGGAAUAUUGGACCGACUGGCUAAACGCUUUCAGAUCGCUGAGCUUUCUACCGAAACUUCAACGUCUUGCAUUUGUUCUUGACCUUCAUUAUGGAGAGCCUGAUCCUAAGUUUCCGGUCACAGAGAACCAUGAGUGGUAUUCAGAAGAGUGUCCGGCUCCAACGGGCUUGCUUCGACAAGUACGUCAGGAGUGUGAAACUCUCUAUGAAAUUGCUCGUGACCGUGGUAUUAUUUUGGAAGAUAUGCCGGCAGAGCCUCUUUGCGAUAUUGCGAGAUGUGUUGACCCUCGUUGGUGA